GCGUUGCGCGGGCGGGCGCUGCUCGGGUCGCGGCGUCGGCCUCCCCGCGCGCAUCCCGGAGCUGGAGCCCGAGCUGACAGCUGCAAUGAGCGCGCACCUCGGUGUCCGCCGCCGCUGAGCCCGCCGCCCUUUGCCUCGCCGCCUUCAUCCUGGCUCCGCUCUCCCCCCCGCCUUGUGCUCGGCGCCGCACCGGCCGCUCCCCGCCUUUGUCUCUGCUGGUCUUCCUGCCCGGUUCUCUCGGCGGUCCGGGCGCGGUGUCAGCUGUUGGCGCCCCUGAAAAGCCUUUGCUGCUGCUGCCGCUGCCGCCGUGACGCGGGCCUAAGCUUUCGUUUUCCCGUAUGGCUUUCCUAGAGCUUGUUAGUCACUGCUCCUUAGGUGAUGUGAUUUGAGCUAAUAAAGUCAAACCUGUGAAUAGGGGCGUUUGUAAAGAGCUGGAGGCAGGAGUGGUGAAGUGAGAGGCCCAGAUUUGAGAUUUUGAUACCGAAUUGACCACUGUCUGUGACCGAGGACGAGUCACUUAACCACUUUGAGGGAGUGUUCACCCCUGCACAGAGGACGGCCAAGGUUGAUUCUUCACCACACUGAAACCAUUAGGAAAAAUCCUUGUGGUUAACAGCAGAGGCUUCAGAGUGUAACCUGUACUCGGGCCUAGAAAUUAUUUUAAAUGGCGACUGAUACGUCUCAAGGUGAACUCGUCCAUCCUAAGGCACUCCCACUUAUAGUAGGAGCUCAGCUGAUCCACGCGGACAAGUUAGGUGAGAAGGUAGAAGAUAACACCAUGCCGAUUCGUCGAGCUGUGAAUUCUACCCGGGAAACUCCUCCCAAGAGCAAGCUCGCUGAAGGGGAGGAAGAAAAGCCAGAACCAGAUGUAAGUUCAGAGGAAUCUGUCUCCACUGUAGAAGAACAAGAGAAUGAAACUCCACCUGCUACAUCUAGUGAGACAGAGCAGCCAAAGGGGCAACCUGAGAAUGAAGAGAAAGAAGAAAACAAGCCUUCUGAGGAAACCAAAAAGGAUGAGAAAGAUCAGUCUAAAGAAAAGGAGAAGAAAGUGAAAAAAACAAUACCUUCCUGGGCUACCCUUUCUGCCAGCCAGCUAGCCAGGGCCCAGAAACAAACACCGAUGGCUUCCUCCCCACGUCCCAAGAUGGAUGCAAUCCUAACUGAGGCCAUUAAGGCAUGCUUCCAGAAGAGUGGUGCAUCCGUGGUUGCUAUUCGAAAAUAUAUCAUCCAUAAGUACCCUUCUCUGGAGCUGGAGAGAAGGGGCUACCUCCUUAAACAAGCACUGAAAAGAGAAUUAAAUAGAGGUGUUAUCAAACAGGUAAAAGGAAAAGGUGCUUCCGGGAGUUUUAUUGUGGUCCAGAAAUCAAGAAAAGCACCUCAGAAGUCCAGAAACAGAAAGAACAGGAGCUCUGCAGUGGAUCCAGAACCACAAGUAAAAUUGGAGGAUAUCCUCCCACUGGCCUUUACUCGCCUUUGUGAACCUAAAGAAGCUUCCUACAGUCUCAUCAGGAAAUACGUGUCUCAGUAUUACCCUAAACUUAGAGUGGACAUCAGGCCUCAGCUGUUGAAGAAUGCUCUGCAGAGAGCAGUAGAGAGAGGCCAGUUAGAACAAAUAACUGGCAAAGGUGCUUCUGGGACAUUCCAGCUGAAGAAAUCAGGGGAGAAACCCCUGCUUGGUGGAAGCCUGAUGGAAUAUGCAAUCUUGUCUGCGAUUGCUGCCAUGAAUGAGCCGAAGACCUGCUCCACCACUGCUCUGAAGAAGUAUGUCCUGGAGAACCACCCAGGGACCAAUUCUAACUAUCAAAUGCAUUUGCUGAAGAAAACCCUACAGAGAUGCGAAAAGAAUGGGUGGAUGGAACAGAUCUCUGGUAAAGGAUUCAGUGGCACCUUCCAGCUCUGUUUUCCCUAUUACCCCAGCCCAGGAGUUCUGUUUCCAAAGAAAGAGCCAGAUGAUUCUAAAGAUGAGGAUGAAGAUGAAGAUGAGUCAUCAGAGGAGGACUCUGAGGAUGAAGAGCCACCACCUAAGAGAAGGUUGCAGAAGAAAACCCCAGCCAAGUCGCCAGGGAAGGCUGCAUCCAUGAAGCAGAGAGGGUCCAAGCCUGCACCUAAAGUCCCAGCUGCCCAGCGAGGGAAGGCUAGGCCCCUGCCCAAGAAAGCCCCUCCUAAGGCCAAAACUCCUGCCAAGAAAGCCAGACCCUCACCCCCAGUCAUCAAAAAACCUAGUGGUAGCUCUUCAAAGAAGCCUGCAGCCAGUGUGAGAAAGGAAGUGAAAUUGCCUGGCAAGGGCAAAUCCACCAUGAAGAAAUCUUUCAAAGCAAAAAAGUAAAUUUUAUACGAAAAAAGGGUAUCAUGAUGAAAUUCAAAAUCUUAUUUUCUAAGGUCAGUGUGCAUUUGUUUUAGUUUGAUGCUUUUAAAAUUACAUUUUUUUCCUCCCCUAUGAACGUUAUGGGGAGGGAAUAUAAAUAAACCAGUUUAGCCAUUUGUUAGCUUAAGGUGCUCUUCUUGGUGCCUGCCCCUCCCCCCGCACCCUCCCUCCCAGUCAUUUUAAUUUCUGCGAUAAUUCUGGACUUCCCUGAACUGUAUAAUCUAUACUUGUCCUUUUUUCUCCCCCCACCCCAAUCCUCUUUCUUUUUUUAUGGUCAGCUUUGGCUUUUUUUUUUUUUUUUCUUCCAGUUUUAUCUAAACAGUUGCGAAGAUUUUUAUAUUUGUUAGAAAGCAUCAAGAAUGGGAUGCUAGUCAGGUGCUGGAAGUAAAAAGGAGGCAGUAUAGCACUGACUGAAUCAUGAAGCCUCCUGCCUGGAGACUUCAGUUAUAGCUAUAAUAACUAAUCUUAUUUAUAAAACCACUCCACUAGCCCUUUCUCUCCAACUAUAAACACAGAGAUGUCUUAGCUUUGGGAAUAGGCCAAAAACAUUAUGAUCUCAUUCAAUUCUGAAGAUGCACGACUCCUUUGGGCCACUUUUCACAUUGAUCAAUUUCUAGGUAUUUUUCAUUGGCCCCUGGGCAUUGCAUUCCCUCAAUAGCAAGCACAAGAUCUCUCCACCACUUGGUUUUUGACUGAAGGGGAAAUACAGGAACAUACUGAAUUUGUGAUUUCUGGUGUCACCUGUGUUACCAAAAAUCAAAACAUAUAAAAUCUUCUUGAUCAAAUGUUUAAAUAUAUUUUUUAAUAUUUGGAGCAUGAGUUGUCACUUCCUCUUUGCCUUUUUUAUUGGAGAGUUACACCAUUGCUAAUGUAGAAAUGCUAAGUGGAAAAACAUACAAUUUGCUAAAAUAAACUGUGGGUUUUUUCCCCUUCUUUCUUUCCAUAGCACUUUUGAUAACAAGCAAGUGGCUUCCUUUUUGAGUUAUUUAAAAAGAGAAAAGAAAAAACAAAUGAAGCCCGACUACCUAACCCUUUCUUAUUUGUAUUUGUUUUAGUAUUGUGAAGUUGUGUUAAAUAGCACUAGCUUUCUAAGAAAUAUUGAUUUCUGGUUAUCAUUUAUCUUCCCUGUGGCACUUGACAUUUUAAUUGUCUUAAACUUUUUGGUGUACAUCUUCUGGCCCCUUGAGUGCUGCCAGAGGCGAAAGAUGUUUGUUUAAUUCAUUCCAUUUGCAUUGUCUCCUGGGAUCCCAUCUGCAGCCUAAAGUGUGGCUGGGAAUUGGACUUGAGAAGAUUGGCUUGAAUUAGAUCCAUAAUCAUGUGUGAUCCCACCAUGAGUUUAUUGGAAUUUGUGUUGCAUGUAAGGCAAUCUUUCCUGUUGUAAAUCUUCCUUUUUUUAUGUACAUAUAUUUUGAAAAAUAUGAAUAAACAUGAAAUUUUAAAAGCU